AUGUUUGACUUUAAGCCUUCAAGGGUAAAUGUGGAAUUUCAGUUAGAUAUUUUGAGCGGGAAAAUUAGCUGGGGAGGGCGUGUGUUUACGUCUUUUCCUCUGCUCUGUGUUUACGUCUGCACCUUCUGCCCAAAGAGUAAGAUCGCAGAUUCCUUGCUUACACUUGAUUUCUGUUGGUUGAGUUUAGAGAGGAGGACGGUGUUUGUCAUUUCCAUCUUUAUCUUACAAUUUCUAAUUAAGCAAGAGACAAUGGAUUCUAGAACAAAUGGGGAAAUCGAAGAUAACCCAAAUCCUGAGGUUUCUGAAUCAAAGUUGAAAAACGUGGAAAGUGUUGGAGAGAAAGACACGUUGGGGGAGUGCAAGAAAUCUGCAAGCACCAAUGACAUGUUGUUUAGAGCUGAUGAAAUUGAUCUCAAAUGCUUGGAUGUGCACCUAGAGAAGCACCUGAGCCGAGCUUGGUCAAGAAAUGUAGAACCUAAUAGGCCAAAGGAACCAUGGGAGAUUGAUUUGGCUAAGUUGGAAAUAAGGAAUCUUAUUGCUCGAGGAGCUUAUGGAACGGUUUAUCGUGGCACUUAUGAUGGGCAAGAUGUUGCUGUGAAACUGUUGGAUUGGGGAGAGGAUGACAUGGCUACUACUAAUGAACUGGCGGCUUUACGAGCAUCAUUCCAGCAAGAAGUUGCUGUUUGGCAAAAGUUAGAUCAUCCAAAUGUUACUAGUUUUAUUGGUGCUUCAAUGGGGACUUCAAAUCUCAAGAUUCCUACUAAAAACUCAAGUGAUGAUCCUACUGAACUUCCAUCAAAGGCUUGUUGUGUGGUGGUAGAAUUUCUUAGAGGCGGAACCCUAAAAGGAUUAUUAUACAGGAAUAGGAAGAAGAAGCUUCCGUACAAAAUUGUUAUUCAACUCGCUUUGGAUCUUGCAAGAGGAUUGAGCUACCUCCACUCAAAGAAGAUUGUCCAUCGUGAUGUUAAAGCCGAAAAUAUGUUGUUAGAUACUAAUAGGAAGCUCAAAAUUGCCGAUUUUGGUGUUGCUCGUGUUGAAGCUCAGAAUCCCAAAGACAUGACGGGUGAAACUGGAACAUUAGGUUAUAUGGCUCCAGAGGUUCUCGAAGGAAAGCCUUAUAACAGAAAAUGUGAUGUUUACAGCUUUGGUGUAUGCUUAUGGGAAACUUAUUGUUGUGAUCUUCCGUACCCAUUUCUCAGUUUUGCUGAAGUCUCAUCAGCAGUUGUUCGGCAUAAUCUGAGGCCAGAAGUACCAAGAUGUUGUCCAAGUUCUUUAGCAAACGUAAUGAGGAGAUGUUGGGAUGCAAAUCCUGACAAGCGCCCAGAGAUGCCUGAAGUUGUGAAGUUACUAGAGGCCAUUGAUACCACUAAGGGCGGAGGUAUGAUACCUGAAGAUCAAGUUGCUGCUGCUGGGUGUUUCUGUUUUGGCCCAGUGCGAGGCAAUAAAGUCUGUAAACUUGAGGGCCUGUUCCAACAUUUGGUAUCAGAGCAGGUUGAAGAGGGCUGGUUUGAGAGUCAACUUUCGGUGGGAGGAGCCUUUGGCUGCUGGGCAACGAGAGCAACAGAAGCAGCAGGUCAGCAACAACAACAGAAGAAGAAAGACAGAAAGAAGAAAGAAAAGAAAGACAGAAAGAAGAGGUCGAUCAUUGUUGGAGCCGAUCACCUACUUCUAGUUUUAGAGUCAAGUUAUGCCAACCAUACCCUGAUGUUUAUCAAAGCUGAACAGGAGCAAAUAUAG